AUGGCAGUUGAGUUAGAAGAACCUGAAUUUACCAAUGAUAAUGCUCAAGUUAUAAAAGAUUUAUUUGCUGGUACAAUGGGUGGUAUUGCUCAAGUUUUAGUUGGUCAACCAUUUGAUUGUGUUAAAGUUAAUUUACAAUCAGCACCAGAAGGUACAUAUAAUGGAGCAAUUGAUGUUGUUAAACAAAUUAUUAAAAAUGACGGUAUAUCUGGUUUUUAUAAAGGUACUUUAACUCCAUUAGUUGGUGUUGGAGCUUGUGUUUCUGUUCAAUUUUCAGUUAAUGAAUUUAUGAAAAGAUAUUAUAAUGAUAAAUUACAUGGUAAAGAAUUAAAUUUAAUUCAAUUUUUUAAUUGUGGUGCUAUUGCAGGAUUUGCAAAUGGAUUUUUAGCAUCUCCAAUUGAACAUAUAAGAAUAAGGUUACAAACUCAAUCUAAAAUUAAACAAUUUAAUGGACCACUCGAUUGUUUUAAAAAAAUUUAUAAUGUUAAUGGAUUAACUAGUAUUUAUAAAGGAUUAGUUCCGACCUUGAUUAGAGAAUCAAUUGGGUUAGGUAUAUAUUUUGCAACUUAUGAAGCUUUAAUAAUGAAUGAAAUUAAAAAAACACCAAAAUUAAUUAGAGAAAAUAUACCAGCUUGGAAAUUAUGUUUAUUUGGAGGAUUAUCUGGAUAUAGUCUUUGGAUUGGUAUAUAUCCAAUUGAUGUUAUAAAAUCAAAAUUACAAACUGAUUCAUUAAAAAAUUCAAAAUAUAAUUCGUCAAUAUCGGUAAUUAAAGAUAUUUGGAAAUUGAAUGGUAUUAAAGGCUUUUAUAAAGGAUUUAUACCAACUAUUUUAAGAGCUGCUCCUGCUAAUGGUGCAACUUUUGCAGUAUUCGAGUUGACAAUGAGACUUUUAAAUUAG